AUGGCUGGAGGUGGGGAAGCUACUGCCGACGGAUUCACUCCUACAUGGGUUGUAGCCGUCGUUUACACUGUCAUCGUGGGCGUUUCAUAUGGUGUAGAACGUCUUCUUCAUCGUGCCGGAGAGCGCCUGAAGGAGAAGCAAAAGACGGCCCUCUACGAAGCUCUUCAGAAAAUCAAAGAAGAGUUGAUGCUGCUGGGUUUCAUAUCGCUGCUUCUGACGGUUUCGGAAAAAAGGAUCGUAAAAAUCUGCGUGUCGCCGGGGAAAAAGGUUCCAUUGAUAUCCCUUAAGGCCAUCCACGACCUGCAUAUCUUCAUAUUCACUCUUGCUAUAGUCCAUGUGAUCUAUUGUGUUCUCACAGUUUUCAUUGGAAAACUCAAAAUACGACACUGGAGGUACUGGAGGGAUUCAACUGCUGAAGCGGAUCAGAUAGAUCCGCAAGGAAGGGGCACUUAUAAUCUGAUGACUUGGUUGCAUUGUUUUUGGAAGCAAUUUUGUGGGUCCGUAAAUGAAUCGGAUUAUGUGACAUUAAGAAGGGAGUUUAUGAAAGCAAAUCCGAUGUUUAAUUUUCACAAAUAUAUGAUAGAAGCCCUUGAAGUUGAUUUUAUAUAUGUUUUUGGCAUAAGUUGGUACCUGUGGAUCUUUGUGGUUAUCUUCUUCUUAAUUAAUGUUAAUGGCUGGUACACAUAUUUUUGGAUAGCGUUUAUUCCACUUAUUCUUCUGCUAGCAGUUGGCACUAAGUUGGAGCAUGUACUUAUGCUAUUAGUUCGUGGAGUAGAUGCAAGCAAUGCUGAUGAUCACUUUUGGUUCCGUCGGCCUUCCUUUGUUCUCUUAUUGAUUCACUUCAUCCUUUUCCAGAACUCUUUUGAGAUUGCAUUCUUCUUCUGGACAUGGACUGCUUAUAGCCCUCACGCCUGCGUAAUGGGACAAUUCGCUUACGUCAUCGUCAGGCUCGUUAUUGGAGUAUUCAUUCAGGUCCUUUGCAGCUAUAACACGCUACCUCUCUAUUCACUCCUUACACAGAUGGGAGAAUAUUACUGUAAGGAGGUAUUUCUUAAGCAUCAGAAAGAGGCCGAAGGUGGUAAAGGUGCCGAAACAACGGCUUCUAAAGCAUGAGAGCUCAACGUACUUGAGCGUGCCUAUAAUGUCCAAAGUGAACUGUCAUUUAGAUCCUGAAUCGUUAAAUGCUUUCGUCCUCAAAGAUGGUUGAGCUUGAAGGAGUUAGUUCGCGAAUGUAAUAUAUCGCUGCAUAUUAGUACUUUUUUUGUUACUGUUAUCUUAGCGAUGACAGGUCAUAAGUAUCUUUAGUAAUAAGGUGCAUGAAACUUUGAAACCAUGGAAUAUUGACCUAAGAGUUUAGGGUCAAAGUGCUAUUUUACUUUGUAAAUGAUGUAAUUUAGAUUCUGCUUUACUACGUAGAGCCUUAUGGUGUGUGUUGUAUAUACAUU